AAUUCUCACACUCAAGGAGAAACUGCAUUUCAGCUGCUGUCACUGCUCUGAACGAAGUUCUGCUACAUCACUGGCACUUUCUUUGUCCAGUAACAUGACUAGCAAAAAAAUAAUUGCAGUGUUUGGAGCCACAGGAGCUCAGGGUGGCUCUGUGGCCAGGGCCAUUUUGGAGAGCAAAAAGUUUGCCGUGAGAGCACUGACGAGGGAUGUGACUAAACCAAAGGCGCAGGCGCUCCGGGACCUGGGCAUCGAGGUGAUCAAAGGGGACCUAGAUGAUGAAGCAUCCGUGGAAGCGGCCUUGAAGGGUACCUAUGGGGCCUUCCUGGUGACCAACUUCUGGGAGCAUUUCAGCAAAGAAAAGGAAGUAUGUCAGGGGAAGCUGGUGGCAGAUGCUGCCAAGCGCCUGGGUGUGAAGCACGUGGUGUUCAGCGGCCUGGAGAAUGUGAAGCGCCUGAGCGGCGGCAAGCUGGAGGUGCCGCACUUUGAUGCAAAGGGAGAGGUGGAGGAGUAUUUCUGGUCCAUUGGUGUUCCCAUGACCAGCGUCCGCGUGGCAGCUUACUUUGAAAACUUCCUCACCACGUGGAAGCCCGUGAAAGCCUCUGAUGGAGAUUACUACACCUUGGCAAUACCCAUGGGGGACGUCCCGAUGGAUGGGAUCUCUGUUGCUGAUGUUGGAGCAGUCGUCUGUAGUAUUUUUAAUUCUCCAGAGGAGUUUGUUGGCAAGGCCGUGGGUCUCAGUGCAGAAGCGCUAACCAUACAGCAAUAUGCUGAUGUUUUGUCCAAGGUUUUGGGGAAAGAUAUCCGAGAUGCAAAGAUGACCCCGGAAGCGUAUGAGAAGCUGGGAAUUCCUGUAGGGAAGGAGAUUGCCAACAUGUGUCGUUUCUAUCAAACGAGGCCAGACCGUGAUGUCAAGCUCACCCACCGACUAAACCCCAAGGUCAAAAGCUUCAGCCAGUUUAUCUCAGAGAACAAGGGGGCCUUCAAGGGCGUUUAAGCUGUUCGAACAGGCCCCUGACCACAUAACCUCCUUCCUCCCUGAUCCUCGUCCUCUUCCAGCACAACCUCUACGUUCACAUGAGAACAUGUUCGAAUGCAAUGGUUUGUGACCCCAGAGCCUUCCUGGCAAUUGUCUCUUCGGCAGGAAGCACUGCGGUGGUGACAUGACACACAUGUCACUUUCCAGCUAGAGAUGAGGGUGGGGCACCUGUUUGUUAAGUGAGAAGCCCCAAACCUGUCACCUUUCGUAGCUCUCUCUCCCCAGAAGCCAACCUCAGAAAGCUCUGGCCCGAGGAACUUGGAGCUUCCUCCCUCACAUGGAUGGUGGGCCACUCAGCUGCGAAAGUGACCUUGAGCCCUGGCUCAGAAACUCCACUAGGCAGCUCCAGUGUCCUCGGGUGCAUUGCCACAUUCUCAGGGAACUUUUCUGUAAUUUUAAUUUCUUAAAGUAAAAAUCUUUGCAGUGGACUUUCUGGGGAACGUGGUGUUCAAUGAACCAGCACAAGUAUUGGAAACUCUAAAGUCAGUUUGGCUUCAAGGUUGGAAGUUUGUUCUCUGCUUCGUUCAUUCCAUCAUCAAUUGACUCAUCACUCAGUUAUUCAUCAAGCCUUCUUUUAUCCACUCCACAAACUUGGUCUUUAGCACCAGCACCAAUGAUGCAUUUGUGGACUUCUCUCCCCUCCUGUUUUCUUGCUGGAGUGGUCCACUCUCCAAAGGCCGCCAUGGCUCAUUACAGAUUGUGGUUGGGUCUGUGUCAUGUCAGGGCAAGAGGGCCAUGUAACCAUGUAGCUACAAGUGAAACCCAGAGGCUCUGCAGUGGCUGAAGGCCAGGUGCUGAGGCAAGGGCUGGCUAAAGGUGGAGAAGUGGAAAGAGGAGGGGACGGAGAGCCCCAUUGUCUCUUUCUUUGUGUGUCUCUGACUCAGCAGUUUCCAUACCGUGUUGUAAUUGUCUGACUUACUGUGCUCCUCUUAGCUGUGAGAGACUUGCACUCUUCUGUAUCCUGGUGCCUGGUCCCUGAUAGGUGAUCAAUAAAUGUUGAUUGACUAAAUGA